GUUGCGCGUUGAUCCCAGUGGAAGACGAGUUAAUUGUUCUGUUUGAUGAGAAUCUUUGAGUCAUUUCAGUAAAAAUGUCUUCGGUUCUUCAUCUGAGAGAGUUCAUCGGUGAAAGACUGAGCGCUGCUGCCUCAGAAAUCUUCUCCGAGUUUGAGAAGACGAUCCUGCGGUACGAAGAAGUGAUCGACCGUCAGCGCAGACUGCUGGAUGUCAGCUGGAAACCGGAGAAGCUGCUCGGAGUCGACCUCCCACAGCAACAUGACUGUCAGGAGGAGGAAGGACAUGCUGAGCAGCAGGAGAGGAACUCCAGUCUGAACCAGGAGGAACUUGAACCUCCACAGAUGAAAGAGGACCAGGAGGAACUAGAACCUCCACAGAUUGAAGAGGACCAGGAGGAACCAGAACCUCCACAGAUUAAAGACGAACAGGAGGAACUCUGCAUCAGUCAAGAGGGAGAGCAGGUGGUUCUGAAGCAGCAGACUGGUACCUUCAUGGAGACUUGUGAGGAAAAUGACCUCAGUGAACCAGAACCAAGCAGCCACCAGCUCCUCUCUGUUGUCUCUGCUGUAGCUGAGUGUCCAGAUCAGAAAGAAAGUGUGUCUUCAGGGUCCAACAGUGAGCUCAGAACUAAGUCUGCUACAGAGUCUCCUAAAUGUGACGUUUGUGGGAAAACCUUUAAGAAUAAAUACUAUUUAAAGUAUCAUCAACUACUCCACACAGGUGAAAAACCACAUGUUUGUCAACUAUGUGGCACCAGGUACAGUCUGAAAGUAUCUUUAGACCUCCACAUCAAAUCCCACACAGAUGAUAAGCCAUUUUCUUGUGGUACAUGUGGUAAAUGUUUUAUUCGUCAUCAUUAUUUGAUGAGACACGAGAGAACACACACAGGUGAGAAGCCCUACUCUUGUGAAACAUGUGGGAAAAGUUUCAGUCAAAAUAGUCAUUUGAUGACUCACAUGAAAACCCACACAGGCCUGAAGCCACAUUUGUGUGGAACAUGUGGAAAACGUUUCACUCUACGUCACAGUUUAAUUGUUCACACGAGAACCCACACCGGUGAGAAGCCAUUUUCUUGCAGAAUAUGUGGGAAAUGUUUCAGCUAUAAAUAUUAUUUGAACACGCACAUCAGAACCCACACAGGUGAAAAACCCUUUUCUUGUAAAACAUGUGGGAAAAGUUACGCUAAAAGUCAAGUUUUGAUCAGACACGAGAGAACCCACUUGGAUCAGAACCUGUAGCGGUAAGACAUCUGUGGGAAAUACGCUGUGGUCCCAGUCUUGUUAGAACAAUGGCGACCAACCCAACAUCGGUUGAGUUCUUCGAAGAGUCUGACCAGAAACUCCACACCCCACCCAAAAAAAUAAAUAAAUCAAGGUUCAAGGUUCUUGUCUUUUGCAUCACCCAUGGUCAAGUCAGAUUUAUUUAUAGAG